GCUUGUUGACCCUUUGGCAACACUGGCAGCCGUUCCCCCUGGUGGCUGUGUAUGUAUACACACAACAAGCGCAUCAACAUUCUGCAACACAAUAGACGAACGAGCGGUGAAAACACCCAUACACACACACAUACGCACACUCGCUCUGGGACACAACAGUGAAAUAUUGUUUGUGUGUGCAACCGGGUGCUGUAUAGUGUGCGUGUGUGCGAAUCUUCCAUCCCGUUGUUUCGACCGAGCCCGUUGUGGAUGGACGCCAAGUGAGGCCGGGAGGGUGGCAAGCCCGUGCCAGUGGUAAGCGGGGAAAGAACGCGUUCUUUGCGAAAGGUCCCGAGCUGCCUGUGGGUGCGUGAUUCCGGAUUGUUGUGGGUGUGUGUGUGUGUAUGUGUGCGCGCGCGUGUGUGUGAGAUUGUUUAGGCGUCCCAGGCCCCAGGAGCUGCGAGAGGCCGGGCCGGGUGCUAUUGUUUACGCCCGGGGAUAGGGCUGCAGGUGCAGCAAAGUGAAGGAAAAACAAUUUUCCACUAUCGCCAACCUACUAAGCGAGCGUCGUGUGCACCCUGGUGUGGUAGGGGCGCUGAGUGGUGGAUACGGUAGUGGUGUGUGUGUGUGUGUGUGUGUGUGUGUAUGUGUGUAUGAUGUACGUCCAUUUUGCACGCCGCAAAGCAAACAAAACAAUCAAACAGUCGCCGCAAGGACGCCGUUCCAGCCCCGUGAAGCGAGGUUAGGAAGCCGCUCGGCUCUCGCUCCCACCUCCCACCCCGCACUCCCACAGCAUCCUUUCGCUCGGUCGUAGGUGUGGCGGUGGUGGUGGCGUCGCGAAAAUACCGAACCAAUUGCCACAAAUUCGCAUCGAAAUCAACUGUGAACAAUCAUCCUACAGCCCACCCAACCACCCACCCACCAACACGCACGCACGUACGCAAUCGCAACCCCCGCCAAGCGGGCUCCUAUCAACUGUGCGCAGCGAGUAAAAGGGAGGGGGGAAAAGCAGAAGCAGAAAAAAGAAGCGAAGGAACGAAUUAUUGAAAGGAACAUUUACUCCUGCAUCACAGCGACAUCCCACGGCGGCGAGCGUACACCCGCCCCACCUGCCCCUUUCAACCGGCAAUCAAAGCCACCGCUGGCGGCGUGUGUUUUUAGCAGCAGCAGCAGCAGCAUCAGCAUCAGUAACAUUUACGCACAAACAUACCCACACAAACACUCGCAGCCGAUAAAUUGAUGAGCCAGCCCCGAAAUCCCCUACCCCUUCCCCGGAGCACGGCGAUCGAGUCAGCGCAAUGAGUAACGUACGAUGCAACGAGCCGCCACCGACGGCGACCACUUCCCUCGCCGCCAAGGACACGGAGGCUGAUACCGGGCCAUCGAUUGCGCCGGUACCACAGCCGCAGCAGCAGCAGCAGGCGCCGCAGCAGGCGCCGACCGUGCAGUCGAGCAAUAGUAAGGGUACGCCCUGCCGCAUCAACAGCGUGAAGGGCUACCAGAACCGUACCAACAGUAUUAUCUACUGUCCGCCAUUGUUGCGCGGCAACUCGCCGAAGGAAAAGUGCAGUGCGAUCGUCUACUUCGGUGGCGAUGUGCAGGACAUCCCGGAAAAGAUGGAAUCCAACCGGGACAACAAAAACUACAUCAAAUGGAACCUGGAGAACACGGCGCUGCUGCUGCGAGAAUCGUUCCCCCAGUCGCACAUCGUGGUCGUGCGCCCGAUGCGGAUGGAGUACAGCACGUUCAGCUGCUUCGACAACUUCGUGCGGGGCAACAAUGCGGGCAUACCGGACCACACGCCCAUGCACUACUCGCUGCAGCAUCUGGAGGAGCUGCUCAUAAAUCUUACGAAAAAGCUCACGAAACCUAUACUCGAUCAGGAAUUCCUGCACAAGCUGCUGAGCGCUUCCAGCACCAAGGGGUACGGGGGCGACGUGCCGUGCAAACAGAACAAUGCCGACAUUUUGCAAAGCAAUAUCUACGAUGGCGGUGCCGCCGGGGCCGAGGAACCGGCCGAACCGGACGACCUGUCCGAGCUGCUCUGGUGGCGCGAAAAUCUCAACCUCGACAAGGCGAGCCUGAAGCUGAUCGGGUUCAGCAAGGGCUGCGUGGUGCUGAACCAGUUCAUCUACGAGUUUCACUACUACAAAACGCUCACGCCGGACGACAGCACGAUGAUGCGGCUGGUGUCGCGCAUCAGCGACAUGUACUGGCUGGACGGGGGGCACGGCGGCGGCAAGAACACCUGGAUCACGUCCCGCAGCCUGCUCGAGACGCUCUGCCGGCUGUGCAUCAACGUGCACGUGCACGUCACCCCAUAUCAGAUCCAGGACGACCACCGGCCGUGGAUACGGAAGGAGGAGAAAGCGUUCACCGAUCUGCUGAAGCGGCUCGGGGCCGCCUUCGACCGGCACCUCUACCCGAGCGAGGCGAACUCGACCAACCUGUACACGCACUUCGACGUGCUGAACCGAUUUCGGCAGCACCAGAUCAGCCUGUUCUCGCAGCAGCUGCACCAGACGGUGAUGCAGCAGCAGCAGCAGCAGCAGGGCACGCUCGUCCAGCACGCCGCCGGCGGCGGUAGCUACGGGCGGGUGGUGGUGGCGGCUGCGGGGGCGGCGGCGGCGGCGGCGGCGGCGGCUCCCGGGCAGGGCAGUGAGGAGUCGGCGGACUGUGGCGACGGCGGCGGCGGCGGCGGUGGCACUGGCUCGCCCGGCCCGGAAGAGUACGGCACGGUGGGCGAGGACGAGGACGAGGAGGAGGAGGAAGAGGAGGAAGAGCCGAUGGAGGGCACCGAGGGGGGAGGGGGUGGAGGAGGAGGCGGGCGAGGAGGGGGAGCCAUCGGGAAGGUGUCGAAUCGGGAUGAGGAGGAGGAGGACGAGGACGCGUCCUCGCUGGCACUGGAGGACGGCGUCGGGGAGGAGGGGCCGGCCGGCGGCGAGGGCGAGGAGGAGGAGGAGGACGACGAUGCACCCAUGCCGGCGCACCACGUCACCGCGAUGGAGACGGGGGCGGACGACGACCAGGGUGAUAGCAGCGGGGGCAGCAGCAGCGGCGGCAGCCUGCACGACAACUGACAAUCGGCACGCGAUUGCAUCAACUUCAUUUCCGUAUUCAUUUAGAGAACAAAAGGCGCGGAGACCGAGAGCGCGAGAGAGAACGAAUUUACGUUGUUCGUUUCGCGGCGGCGGCAGCUCACCACCCCCACCCGCGCGCGGGUGGCAUACAUUUACGCACACAUCGUACGACUUUGCCAUGUUAGAUCUUACGCGUCCCGACUGCCUCCCGGUGCAUUCCCCGUUCGUUUCAUGCACAGUGCAGCAGCCACGACUCAUCGCGACCGAGCGGACCGGGAGGAGGCAUCCCGAAUUGUAUCUGUAAUAUUAAUUUGUACUGAUUGUACAUUUAAGUAGAUUUUAGUGGGCCCUUGUUGAUGGUAAAGACGCACUUCAGGACCAUUUUUUUUGUUGCUGCGGCGGUCGAAUGCCUACCGCAGCUGGGGGUAAGGGGGGGCUCAUAUUUUGUCCGCUAAGUUGAGGGCUGAGAAGCUGAUGGGCGCGCGCUUGUGGGUCGUGCAAAAGCGUGAUCAAAAAUGGUCGCCGUCUGCUGUUCAGUUCAGAAGAACAGGAAACAAUACCCCUUUCAUACCUUCCAGCCGCACAUGGCACCAUUUAGCACCUUCCCUCUAUCUCUCUCUCUCUCUCUCUUGAGUAGCACCCUUUUCGAUAGGCGCAGUGCAAUUUAUGACAAACCAGCGCAAAUCAUCAGCGGGCUUUGCUUGCUCCGCGAUGCUUUCCACGUCGACUAAUAGUGUGAAGAAAAAUUGCCCCCGUUUUUUCGAUGCGUACAUGUGCGUGUGAGUACAUGAUUUUUUCCCUUUUAAAAUCGGUACGUGUGUAGGUACUGUUCCGUGGGGGUGAUUUUUAAGGAAGGUGGACCUACAAACACCUUUCGAACGACAAUUCCUCGCGUACUUUCAAACGAUCGUUUGAAUUACAUCACAAUCCUCUACCACCCUGGUCGUGAGAUACCCUUAGUGCACCGGUAUGUGUGUGAGUGUGUGUGUGUGUGUGUGUGUGUGUGAGAGUGUAUGUUUGUGCGUAAGAUAGGGGUGUGUCUGUCUCUCUGUGCGUGGCUGUAUACGUUUGAACGAGAAAGAGAGAAAGAAAGAGAGAAAAAAAAACAAUGGAGUGGGUGGGGGGAAACAAUUUUCAUCCUUUUUCACAAAUCGUUGCAUUCGUUGCUCAAUUCAAUUGUAAAUUUGUCUGGUACUGUAAGCUCUCUCUCUCUCUCUCUCUCUCCCUCUCUUCACUUUUAACAAACACAACAAAAAUCGCGCUACACGACAUCAACACAAAACAAAACAGAAAAAAACCACAACGUUCAUCUCAAAUCAUCCCCCCUUCUCCCAGCCGAAUCCCCCUCUCACCGUUUUUAGAACGUACACACCCAGCAGUGGGUGAAAAGAAAAAAGUAUCAUUUAUAAUUUUAAAUUCCUUAUAAUAAUUAAAUAUAUUUUAAUUACAAUUCUCGAA